UACAAUAUGCGUGGUGGAGAAAAUCUGGAAUUGAAACUCAGUGGCAAAACAUGUGGACUCUCUUGUUUCCAAGAAUCACACCUCACAAACAUAUCCGCAAACGGAAAAUCCUCAAAUCUAAUGGAGUUUUGAAUGGCUUCCGUCCCGCUCGGCUGUUUCUUGCCUCUUCAAACGCGGCGGCGCAUACUUUGCUGUGCUUCCACAGCUUCAACCCCGCACAGUCUCAGCCAAACCAGAGGCACCUUAAAACCGAUCGUCGUCAAUGGUGAUCCGCCCACUUUCGUCUCCGCCCCCGGCCGCCGAAUAGUCGCGGUCGGGGAUUUGCAUGGAGAUCUUGAUAAAGCUAAGUAUGCACUUCAGAUGGCUGGUGUCUUGAGUUCCGAUGAUCAAAACUUAUGGGUUGGUGGACAAACGGUUCUGGUUCAGCUUGGAGAUAUACUUGACAGGGGUGGAGAUGAAAUUGCAAUUUUGUCCUUACUGAAGUCAUUAGAUAUGCAGGCAAAAGCUAAUGGGGGUGCAGUUUUCCAGGUUAACGGAAAUCAUGAAACCAUGAAUGUGGAAGGCGAUUUUAGAUAUGUAGAUUCUGGUGGCUUCGACGAGUGUGCUGCCUUCCUGGAACACUUGGAAAUCUGUGAGCAUAACUGGGAAGAAGCAUUUGUUGGUUGGUCUAGUGUAUCAAAGAGAUGGAGAAAAGAUCAUAAGGUGCCAAAGAAUCCAUGGGGUCCCUGGAAUUUGGUAAAGCAGCAGAAAGGAGUCAUUGCAAGAUCAAUUCUCCUAAGACCAGGGGGUCCAUUGGCAUUUGAAUUGGCGCACCAUGCUGUUGUUCUCAAAGUCAAUGACUGGGUAUUCUGUCAUGGCGGCCUUCUUCCUCAUCAUGUUGAAUAUGGCAUAGAGAGGAUGAAUACAGAAGUAUCAUACUGGAUGAAAGGCCUUAGCAUGGAUGAUCAUCCCCCCUUUAUUGCCACCAGAGGCUAUGAUAGUGUAGUGUGGAGCCGUUUGUACUCGAGAGACAUGUCAGAUCUGGAAGAUUAUCAGAUCAAUCAGAUCCAAUAUAUUCUUCGUGAUACGCUUCAAGCAGUAGGUGCCAAGGCAAUGGUGGUGGGGCAUACUCCACAAAUCACAGGAGUAAAUUGUGAAUUCAACUGUAGCAUUUGGCGAGUUGAUGUGGGGAUGUCUAGUGGGGUCCUUGACUCAAGGCCUGAGGUUCUAGAAAUAAGAGAAGGUGAAGCGAGGGCAAUCAGGAGCAGAAGAGAUAGAUAUAGUGAGCUCCAAUUAGUUGAUUAUACAUAGAAAGCAUGGGAGGCUUCUAGGUAUAUCCAAUUCUCCUUCACACGAAGUUGCUCACAUAAUUUAAUACUAAAUCAUAUUCACACUCGAAUGCUUCUUUCCCAUCUUCAUCCUUUCCUCCCUACAUACAUUUGAAAAUUGAAAUAAUGACCACUCCUCAUAUAUCUCUAUUGUUUAUCAUCAGAGCUUUACUUUGGAUUUGAAAUCAAAUUCACCGGAAUAUCUUAUGUCUACAUUCUAAACACCUUCCUCGAAUGUUGUAAACUGAUCUCCCUUAUUCAUGCUCCGGUCCACCUGAAGAUCUCCGGAGCUCAUUCAGGUGUAAUGAGGGCUAAACGGAUAGUAAUAACAGAGGAUGCAUCAAAAUACCUACGUUGGAAGCAUUGUCCGGUGCACAAGAUGUCUCUGAAUUGUGGAAUGAAACCAAGGAGAAGAAGACAGACAGACACCUUCUAUACACAGACAGCUAUAUGUACAGUACAGAUUAGUGACAUUGAGAAACUUCACUGUAUAUAAAAAGUUGAUUACAGUGUUACUACUUUAAUGGCUUCCAUUAUUUGAAGUGGAGGUACCCAGAUUUAUAUACUAUUAUGGAGACAUUACUUUAGUUU